CGGCGGCCGGAGGCCUGCGGGGUGCGAUCCCGCCGGGGGGACCUGCUCCACAUGCACUACACGGGGCACCUGGAGGACGGCUCCCAGUUUGACAGCAGCCUGAGCCGGGACCAGCCCUUCGUCUUCUCGCUGGGCACCGGCCAGGUCAUCAAGGGCUGGGACCAGGGGCUGCUGGGGAGGGUCCAGGGGGGGGCCGUGCUUAUCUUCGAGGUGGAGCUGCUGAAGAUCGAGCGGCGGCCGGAGCUUUAG